AUGGAUUCCAAAGAGUCUUCUCCCACAAUCGGUGGCGACUUGUGUCUCAACGCCGCGAGCCACAGACGUAGCAUCUAUGGUAUUAUCGCAACUUCCUCUGUCUCUGAUGCCCGCGUUCAAGAAAUCAUCAGAAAGGUCCAAUCCUUCGCACCCUCUGCGUUCAACAGUCAGCCCAUUCGUUACACUCUAGUCACUGGAGAUAAACAUAACCAAAUGUGGGAUGCCAUUAUCAAAGCUGCCGAGCUUAUUCUAAAAGCUGCUGGCGAACGUAUCUGGACAGCAAUGCAAAAGUCUCUCCAGGGCCACCAAGCUGCGUAUGGAUCGGUUGUUUUCUGGGAGAGCGGUGAAGCGCAGAAGGGGGGAGCUGAGAAAAACAAAUCGGCGACUCCCCAGUUUCUUCAGUAUGGGGAACAUGCAUCGGGUAUGGCACGACUCUUGGUAUGGACAGCCUUGGAGCUGGAAGGGCUCGGGGUCAACUUACAGCAUAUGCAAUCCAUGGCGCCUGUUGAAGCAUUUAUGAAGAAAUUUUGCCAAGUCCCCGUGGAUUACAGCUUGAAGGCUCAUCUCAACUAUGGUGAGCAAGUACUGAAUUCUAGCAAUAUAUCACGUGACAUGGCUUGA